AUGGCACGAAUGCGGUCACGGGCACGUUCUCAAGUCCAAACGAACACAAUAGACGCGCCUGCUGAAUCCACUAUUGCAUUUGAUACCAAUGUCGUCAUACAGUCGCCUGCCACAGUAAUGGAUGAUUCGACGGCAAGCAUCCCUCCACCUUCUUCGUCCACGCUUUGGGAAAUCGAAAUGCCAGUGGCGACUACGGGAAGUGGAGGAAGUGACGUAUCACAUGAGAGCCAUUUUGCUGCGGCUGCUGCCAUCGCGGUGUUAGGACGAGGCGGUUUUAAUGCAUCAUCAGAAGCAGUGGAUGUUGUUCCUGGUAUACCAAGCGUUUCUGCAGUUGGUGUGUCAUCUGUUGGUGGUGAAACAAGUAACGAGCAUACAGUUCAUCGCUCUCAUGGCAUAACAAGUAUCGUGAUGCCAAUGAAUAUCAGUGUCGUCAGUGAUGAAAUAGACGCCAAGCAGAGUCGGGAAAAUUCCGAAGCUGCUAAUGGUGGCCCUCCAAAUCAACAAGAGCAUAUUGCAGCCAGUACCUCGGAAAACAUUGAUGGAGAAGCUGAAAAACCCAAAGAGCAGAAUGAAGUGAGCAGUUCUGUUGAAGCAGAAGGGGAUUCGGUAAUUCGCCUCAAAUUUCUCGAUGAUACUCAAAGAGAUGCUCGUACCACCAUGACUGACACAAUUGGCAAAUUCAAGAGUGUCCAUUUUGGAGACGCUGUCGCUGCAGGCCGAGUUGUCAGGCUCAUCUACCAAGGUCAAUUGCUCCGAGAAGAUUCGAGAACCUUAGCCUCUUACGGCCUUCGUGACGGUUGUGUUGUUCAUUGCCAUAUCAGCAAUACACCAUACGCUAGACAGGCUCCAUCUACUUCGCAACCAGUAGCUUUCUCUUCUAAUCUGAGGUAUCGAGAUGCUACACCCAAUAAUAAUGUACCUUCCACGUCCAGUGCAAGGCCUGAAACGCAAGAGUUUCGCUACCCUCGAUGGGCCGUUGCGCUUCUGUUGUACACUUAUCGGUUCCCUUUAAUUGGCUUGCCAUUGGAUGCUGUUGUACGAUACAUAUUUGAUAGGCAGUUAGCACCUUCGACGGAACCCGGCAUUGUUCGUCGAACAUAUCGAAGGGACGAAUGGAGACGUUACUGGCGCCCGCUCGAGGAACUCGAUGAUCAACGGGAGCACAGGUGA